ACGCCCAAUAAAUACAGACCUAGAAAUUGCAGAACUGCGGAUAAGAAUAGGAAUCUUAUCUUUCAUAAUGACAACGUCGUGAUAAGAAAACGAUGGUUUCACUCAGAUAUUUACAAUUUAAACAUAACGAAGGCUGCAAUUACGUGCGUUAGUUACUCAAGCUUGUCGCAUAAUUAUACUAUAGUGAACAAACUCCAAUCGACAAAAGUUUGCAUACAUUCAAAUUCUUCCAAAACCGUCAUCAUGCAGCAAAAAACCAAUUAAGUUCCUUAAUCUAAUCUGAGAUAUUACUUCGAUUUAAUCAAGGAAUUUUCUACAAUAAAAUACUUCCAAGGGAAAAUGUGCACAAGACUGUUCUGUAGCAGGGGCAAGAAGUACGUGAUACAGGAUAAGGUUACCAGUGUGCCGGCGCAGAAUGGGACUGUGCGGAAAGCGCCACGGCCUGUGUCCUUUUUGCCCCCUAGUGCCACAGCGACGAUAAACGAUGCGGCGGAUCGUGUGGUCGAAAUUGAGACGCCGAAGAAGGAAGCGCCGUUGACGCCGCCUCCUGAUAUUGCGGUCAACGAUAAGCCUGUUAGUAUCGAUACGCUGUCGAUUGAUACUCUGGAGGAAAAGAGGUCGAGCGAAGAUGUUACCGAAAGUAAGAUUUCGAUCAACCCGGAACCCACGAAAAUUGAGAAGGAGGAAGAGAGGAGGCCCGGGGUUAUUCCGCUGCCGGUUAGUUUCGACGAAAAUGACGUGGAUGAUAUUGCGAAGCACCCCAAAACUAUAGAAGACGACCAACUCAUUCGCGACGCCAUCGGGCGCAGCGAGUUCCUCAACAAGAUAUUAAAAGGCGACUUGCUCAAGCAAGUCGUCGACGCCAUGUACAACCGCGAAAUCAAAGCCAAAGAAGUGAUCAUAAAAGAAGGCGAGAAAGGAUCUCACAUGUACGUUUCGGCGCACGGUUCCUUCGAGGUCUCCGUCAAGGGCAAAGGCGUCGUUAACACCUUCGACGACGUCCGAGUCUUCGGCGACACCGCCAUCCUCUACAACGACAAAAGAAACGCCACGGUUAAAGCCCUCAAGGCCGGACGCGUGUGGGUUCUGGAUCGGUCCGUCUACCAGAAGCUCAUGGUUCGCUUCAACAUCAAAGAACAAGACGAGAUGUUGAUGUUCCUGCAGGACGUGCCCACGCUGAACAAGGUCGGGAACGCGGCGUUGCAAAAGGUCGCGACGUUGCUGAAGGUGAAGUACUUCGCGCCUGGUACUACCGUGAUCAAGCAGGGGGAGAAAGGGGACAAGUUUUAUAUAAUUAGGGCGGGCACGGUGACUAUCACGCGGGAGGGCGAAGGCGUGGUGGCGAAUUUUGGAAAGGGGAAGUACUUCGGGGAGUUGGCGCUGCUGAAGGAAGAUUUGCGACAGGCGACGGUCACUGCGGACGCGCCUGGCGGGGUGGAGUGUCUCACGCUGAAGAGACAGCACUUUAUUGACCACUUCGGCGAGCUUAAGGAAGACGGGAUCAUCACGGUGCCUACUGAUACUCGUAAGGCGUCUCACGUGGUGAGGGAGCACCAAGAUAUUGAACUUAAGGACUUGAAAAUCAUCACUACGUUAGGAGUGGGAGGGUUCGGGCGGGUGGAGCUCGUCCAACACAAAACGAAGAGUUUGAUAUUCGCGCUAAAAUACCUGAAGAAAAUCGACAUGGUGGAGCAAAACCAGCAGGAUCAUGUGUACAACGAGAGGAACAUCCAGCUGGAUUGUCGAUCCAAGUUUAUAAUCAAGCUGUACCGCAGCUAUAAAGACGCCAGAUAUAUCUAUUUUUUGAUGGAACCGUGUUUGGGUGGAGAUUUAUGGACACUUCUCCAGCGACAAAAAACACGCCGGUUUGACGAGAAAGACGCCCGUUUUAUUGCCGCUUGUGUGUUGGAGGCUUUCACCUACCUCCACGAGAGAGACAUCGUGUAUAGGGAUCUCAAGCCGGAAAAUAUUUUGAUAGACGAAAAUGGCUACGUCAAGCUAACUGAUUUCGGUUUUGCCAAAAAACUAGGGACUAGAGGACGGACGUUCACUUUUGCCGGCACACCUGAGUAUGUCGCACCUGAAAUUAUCCUCAGCAGGGGUCACGACAAAGGCGUGGAUUAUUGGGCUUUCGGGAUUUUCAUUUUCGAGUUGCUGACCGGCAGAACUCCCUUCCGUACCAACGAUGCUAGUCAUAUGAGGACGUACAACAAAAUUCUAACCGGGAUAGACAAUGUGGAUUUUCCUUCAUAUGUCACACUUAGAGCCAGAAAUAUUAUCGAGAAGUUGUGUCGGUCCAUACCCACGGAACGCCUAGGUUGUCAGAAAAACGGGGUUAAAGAUAUUAAAAACCACAGAUGGUUUUUGGGUUUUGACUGGAUUAAACUUAACGAGGGCAAACUGCCAGCACCUUUCAGACCUAGACUCAGGUCGAACACAGAUACUCGGUAUUUUGAAGCGUUUAAGAAGGACACAGACGUCCCGCCAGUCGAAGAGAGCGGGUGGGACAAAAACUUCUAGGUUUAGGUUAUUAGAGCUCACCAAACAUAGGAGCUGUGGUGCGCAACCCAAUGUUUGGUGAGCUGUACUCCAAUAGGUGCUUGUUAUUUUAAAGUUGGUACUACACGCUCGAUUUGUCUUCGAACUGUCAAAAUUUUUGUACGUCUGUCACGUUUGUCGCUCUUAAUUUUUUUUUUGUUUUGUUUUCGACAAGAGAAAUCGACUGUAUCCAUCAGUUGUACUGUAACUAUGUACAUAUUAUCGUGUAAGGUUAAAUGAGUAAAUCAAAUUCUGUCAA